CCAGCCCAGAGGAGCUCACUGGGCUGCUAGCCGGGGUGCAGUCUCUUCCUCCUCCUCUUCCUCCCUUUCUUCCUCCGCUUCCUUCUCUGGCUUUCUCGGGCUGCCCCCUCGGCUGCACCGGGCGGCUGUCGGACUACCUCGGUAUUUAUUCCUAGCUUGUGUGGCUGUACAUAGCGGGGAGAGGGAGGAAAUGGAUUAGAACUGAGGAUCAGUAAAACACAGGUUGAUACUACACUAAGAAGAAACUGAGGCAGACAUUUUCUGUGACUUUUCCAAGGUCACACAACUAGUUACAAUUUUCACAGAAGACCAGACUUCAUUUAUGGACUAAUAUGGACUUCAUCUCUCAAAGUUCAGUACUAGAUUUCAAGUUCAACCUGAACUGACUGUAAUAACCUAAUAUUUACUUGAAUUAGAACUUAUGUAAGAAAAAAAAAGGAUGGAAGGGUGGUUAAAGAAAGAAGACUGUGUUAGAGACAAGAAAAGGACUCUUCUCUGUUUCUUAAUUUUAGUAUACCUAACUACUUUAGUCUACACUGAUAAGGAUUUUUACAGUUUACUUGGAGUAUCUAAAGACGCAAAUAGUAGAGAAAUAAGACAAGCUUUCAAGAAGCUUGCAUUGAAGUUACAUCCUGAUAAAAACCCGAAUAAUCCAAAUGCUCAUGAAGACUUUUUGAAAAUAAAUAGAGCAUAUGAAGUAUUGAAAGAUGAAGAUCUUCGGAAAAAAUAUGAUAAAUAUGGAGAAAAAGGACUUGAGGAUAAUCAAGAAAGGGGCCAGUAUGAAAGCUGGAACUAUUAUCGAUAUGAUUUUGGUAUUUAUGAUGAUGAUCCUGAAAUUAUAACCUUGGACAGAAGAGAAUUUGAUGCUGCUGUUAAUUCUGGAGAGCUAUGGUUCAUAAAUUUCUACUCCCCAGGAUGUUCACACUGCCAUGAUUUAGCUCCCACAUGGAGGGAAUUUGCUAAAGAAAUGGAUGGUUUAUUUCGCAUUGGAGCUGUAAAUUGUGGUGAUGAUAGAAUGCUUUGCCGAAUGAAAGGAAUCAAGAGUUAUCCAAGCCUCUACAUUUUCAAAUCUGAAGCAAAUCCAGUGAAGUAUUUUGGAGAGAGAUCAAAAGAUCACUUAGUGAAUUUUGCCAUGCGGUAUGUCACAAGCACAGUGACAGAAUUAUGGGCAGGAAAUUUUGUUAAUGCCAUCGAAACUGCCUUUGCCUCUGGUGUUGGUUGGCUCAUCACUUUUUGUGCUAAAACAGGAGACUGCUUGAGUUCACAGACACGUCUUAAACUAGCUGGCAUGUUGGAAGGCCUUGUUAAUGUGGGCUGGAUGGAUUGUGGCACCCAAGGUGAACUAUGUAAAAGUCUAGAAAUCACUUCAAGUACUACAGCUUAUUUUCCGCCUGGGGCUACCUUAACUAACAAAGAAAAAGGAGGUGUUUUGUUUCUCAAUUCCUUGGAUGCCAGAGAGAUAUAUUUUGAAAUAAUGCAUCAUCUUCCAGAUUUUGAAAUACUCUCUGCAGAUUCACUAAAGGAUCGAUUGGCUCAUCAUAGAUGGCUGCUCUUCUUUCAGUUUGGAAAAAAUGAAAAUUCAAAUGCUCAUGACUUAAAAAAGUUAAAAUUUUUUCUUAAAAAGGAACAUAUUCAGGUUGGCAGGUUUGAUUGUCUUUCUGAACCAGAUACCUGCCGUAAGUUUUAUGUUCAUCAGCCAUCUGUGGCAGUCUUUAAAGGUAAAGGAACUGAAGAUUAUGAAAUUCAUCAUGGAAAGAAGAUCCUGUACCAUAUACUUGCUUUUGCUAAAGAAAGUGUUGACUCUCAUGUUGUCACGCUUGGACCUCAAAAUUUUCCUGACAAAGAAAAAGAACCAUGGCUUGUUGAUUUCUUUACACCUUGGUGUCCACCCUGUCGAGCCUUGUUGCCAGAGUUACGGAAAGCAUCAAAGCAUCUAAAUGGGCAGCUUAAAUUUGGCACCCUUGAUUGUACAAUCCAUGAAGGUCUCUGCAACAUGUAUAACAUUCAGGCUUAUCCAACAACAGUGGUAUUCAACCAGUCCAGUAUUCAUGAAUAUGAAGGACAUCACUCAGCUGAAGAGAUCUUAGAAUUUAUAGAGGAUUUGAGGAACCCUUCUGUAAUUUCUCUAACACCAGAGACAUUCAGUGAACUCGUUAAGAAAAGAAAGCGUGAUGAAGUUUGGAUGGUUGAUUUUUAUUCUCCUUGGUGCAGACCAUGCCAGAUGUUAAUGCCAGAGUGGAAAAGGAUGGCACGGUUGUUAAAUGGUCUCAUCAGUGUUGGCAGUGUAGACUGCCAAAAGUAUUAUUCCUUUUGUAAUGAAGAACAAGUCAAGAAAUACCCUGAUAUCAGACUUUACCCUCCAAAAUCAAACACAGCUUAUCAAUAUUAUACUUAUAAUGGAUGGGAUAGAGAUGCAUAUUCUCUAAGAACCUGGGCUCUAGAAUAUUUGCCUCAGGUAUCCAUAGAACUUACACCGCAGACUUUCAAUGACAAAGUGUUAGAAGGGAAAGAUCAUUGGAUAGUUGAUUUCUAUGCUCCUUGGUGUGGACCUUGCAGAAAUUUUGCCCCAGAAUUUGAGCUUUUGGCUAGGAUUAUUAAAGGAAAAGUAAAAGCUGGAAAAGUAGACUGUCAGGCUCAUGCUUAUACUUGCCAGACUGCUGGCAUCAGAGCUUAUCCUACUGUUAAAUUUUAUCCCUACCAAGGAAACAAGAAAAAUAUUCUUGGCAAGCAGAUAGAUAUCAGAGAUGCAAAAAGUAUUGCUGACCUAUUAGAUGAAAAAUUGCAAUUUCUAGAAAGUAAAACACAUGGAGAGAAAUCUAGAAACAAGGAUGAAUUAUAAGUGAACUUGAAGAUGGAGCAGAUAUAAAGAAAACUGAAUCUGUGACAUCAAAAGGCUUCAUACUUAGAAUGUUAUUACAUUCAUAAUAGGAAUAAAUGAACCUUAUUUUGGACUCAUGAUUGUGCUGCCUGAAUUCUGUACAUAUUUGGUGCAGAAGGCUUCGGUUUUUCUGGUAGGGGAACUCUAGACAUGAGAUUUGGACUCUAUUCUACCUGCAUUAUUCCAGAAAUACACAAAGGGAUUCCCUUUAGUCUUGUGAUCAAACAUUUAGAAUUGGGAUCAUAAGGGAUUUUGUGAUUCUUUUUCAAGCACACUCUUCUUCAGAAUUUUGUCUCUACCUAUAAACUCCAUAUGAAAACUACUCAGCAUGAUUUUAAAUAUGCAGAAAUGUCAUUUUCAUGGGAUUGUGCUAUUUAAUAUAAUAACCAGACUCUUUAAAGUGAAGAGUUACUGAAUAUUUCAUCUCCAUCCUUCUAAAGGAUAAGGAAUUUUUUUUCCUCACUUGGAAAAAUUAGUUUGCAUGAUAGAUUCAUCUCCCAAAGAUAAAAUGAUAUCAUGGGUUGUUUUAUGAUCCAGAACAUCCAAGAGAAGUUGUAUUACAAGUUUAUAUAAAACUGUUGCUAAACGAUUUACUUUAUCAGAUGUUCAAAAUAUACAUGCAUUUUUAAAGUUUAUUUUACAAUAUAAUUUUCAAACUUUAAUUAUUAUGUAUGUAGUUGAAUUUGAAGCAUUUCACUGGAUUUGUACAUUUAUCCAUUGAAUACUUUAUGCUAUUAUUUUGUACAAAAGAGUAUUUCCAUUGCUCUGUUGUCCCAUUUUGUAGACAUUUCAUUGUUUGGGUUACAAAAAUCACUUUCCAGGUUUGUGUUCUUUCUCUAUCUCUCUGCUUACGAUGGCAUUGCCUCUGAUUUUACAUUGGCUGUUAAUUUUCUACCAGCAACUACUGUUUAUUCAGAUUAGCAUUAUUGAUAACAAUAUUUGAGAUUAUUUUUAUAAGAAAAUUAAGUGAAAAAAUAAGGAGAAGAAAGGAUAUAACUACUGAACUUUUGGGGAUCAAAAGCACUUUUUAAAAAACAUUUAAUGCCAAAUACAGUGUGAGUAGGAUCUAUGUUUCCAUUAUAAGAUUAUAUGAAAUGAUAAAACUCUAGGAAAAUUGUCUCUCAAUUGCUCUGACACUCUCAGGAGACAUCUUAAUAUAGUUUCAGUAUAAUGAAAACUAUUGAAUUUGGAGUCAAGAAGACCGGUUCACAUCUUGCCUGUGACACUCCUUAAGCUAUGUAACAACCACCAGCAAGUCAUUUAACCUCUAUGAGGUUAUUCCUAUCUUCCUCACCUAUAAAGUGCUUUGUUGUCUACAAUACAAAGUUGUGAUGCUCAAAUGAGAUCCCAUAUAUAAAAUCACAUUAAAAUUCUAAAUCAUUAUAUUCAUGUCAGUUAUUAUUGUUAUGCUUUUACUUUAUAAUUUUAGACUUAUGUUGUUCUCACUCCCUAUUUCCAAAGGUGUGUUCCUCAGUAAUAAUACACUUGUACUUAACAGUUGACAAAGUGUUUGACCUGCAUUCUCAUUUGAUAAUCAGAAAAACCCUAUAAACUAAUUUUUACAAAUAAAAGAAGUUAACUAGUUUAUAGUUGAUAUUGGUAAUGGAAAAAGAAAUGAGCUAAUAUUCAAAGAAAUCCUCUCACAGCUGUAAUAUGCCUAAAGAAUCAUAACUUAUUUUUUUCUGCUUGUUAUAAUUUUUUAUCUUUAAUGAUGACUUUAUACAAUGCCUUCUAGGCAUGAUUUUUAAAUUGCAUAUUCUGGAAACCAAUCAUAUAUAAAUACAUAUAGCUAUUCAAUAACUCAAGACUGUCAUCACUGUUAAUAUUCAUUUAAUAGUGAUAUUUUGAAUAGAUUAUCAGCCUCAUAGUAGGUGACAUUCAUUUAUGAGAAUAAGGUAGAAAUUUGUACAACUGAUUAAUUGUUACAGUAUUUCUGAAUUUGAAAUACCUAAAGAAUUAAUCGAGUUAUUUAGUAUUUAUUGACUCUAUUAAACCAUUACACUGAGGGGUUAGAAAAGAAUUUUUAAAAUUGACAUACUGUACAUUCAGUCCCACAGGAGAUACAUACGUAGGAAAUUUGUAACUCACAAUUAUGGCAAUAAAUUUUUUUACUCAAAUUGAUUGCUAUUCCAAUAAUGUAUGGGUAAGCUAACAGAAAAGAAAAUAAUGAGCAUCAUUGAUUAGCCUAUUAGUAAAUCAGUCGAACUGUCUCUAAAACUUUAUAGGACUAAGCUACUACAUUUGUAUCUCAGGAUUGCUUAUUUCCAAUUCAAAAAAACCAGUGAUCAUUGUUAUUAUAGUCUUCUCAAGGUCUGAUAGAACUAAUGAUUUUCACUUCCAGAAGUGUGUACUUAUGAAUUCUCUCCUAGUGGCAGCAUCAUUAUUGAGAAGUGCUUAUUUCUGUCGUCAAUAUUUUAAGUUAGCACUUAUUUCUAUGAACUAGACUUUUCAUUCUUUUUACAGUGGCUGCGGAAAUUGAAUGAUUGCUAAUAUAACUCAGAUUUUUUUUCUUUGGUUAUUAAUUAUCUAUCACAAGCUGAAUUUGAACCAAUGAAUCUAGGUAAAAUAAAAUAAUUGUCUGGUUUUUGUUACAGUUGAUAUAACUCAUUCCCAAUUUCCAAGAAUUUUUUGGUCUUUUUAUAUGCUUUUGGCUCAAAAGUGUGUGAUUAUGAUAAAAAUAAAAUAAUUUUUUGUGUAAAUAA